AUGAUAUUGGAACCAUCUCUUGGAGCUUUUCACUACCAAUACAACAAAAUUCCGAAACAGCUACGUAGUUGUUUGUUUUUACAAGACAAAACAACUACAUAGUUGAACCAAACUCUUUCUUUAAAUUUUAUAAACAAAUUGGUAGGAUUCUUUUAGUUCAAACGAAUCAAACCCAACUCUUAUGAACUCAAAGGUCAUCUUACACAUCCACUUCAAUUUUGGUCAAAUUUUCCAAAAAUAGCCUAAUACUGAGGAUAUAGCCUUUAAUUUUUUACCAUUUUCGACUUUUGUGAAAUCGGAAAUGUAACAAGUUCGGGUUUAGGGGAGGUUUCAAAAUGGGCUAGGGCUUUUGUGGUUCUAAGAUGGGUACGGUGGUUUAAUUUUUGGUGGUUUUGGUUGAGUGGGGAUUUGAUUUCCGGUGGUUUUCGAGUUCAGGGGGUGGUUUCGGGUUGUUUGGGGGUUUUUGGUUUCGGGUUGAGUGGGUGGUUUUUGUUUAGGGGGUGCGGUGGUGGUGAGGUUGGAAUUAGGGGGUGUCGGCAGUGGUAGGUUUGGGUUUUGGGGGGGUCUCGGCGAUGGUGGGUUUGGGUUUGUGAGGGUGUCGUCGUGCCGAUCUGGGUAUAGGGGAUGUCAACGAAGGUUGGUGGUGGUGGUGGCGACGGCAGGUCUUGGUUUAGGAGUGAGUCAGUGGUGGUGGACUGGUGGGUGGCUAGGGUGGUUAUUUAAUCAUUUUUAAUUUUUUCUCUCUCAUACUUAAUCACAUACCCUUAUAAUUAUGAAAUUUUGACUUGGGAACCGUGUCUACCCCCAAAGUUGCAAGUAAUAAUUAACGGAGGUAGUAGUAUAAAAGUCCAUGGGUUACUAGUAAAAAUAACCUCCUUCCCCCCCCCCCCAAAAAAAAAAAAAAAAAAAAAAAAAAAAAAAAAUUAUUUCCCUGUUUUGAUAUUUUCUCGGUUGGUGCCUUAUAGACUUUCACUUAAAUUUUCCCUUAUAUCAUACGCUGCACUUCUCUGCCACACUCACUCUCUCUCCUCCAUUGAAGCGUACCGCCGUACUUUGAAUUCCCCAUUGAAGCGGCUUCUGAGCUUUUUCGCCUCCAUUAAAGCGGCUUUUGAAGAUAGUUGAUUGAUAAUCUACUACAUACAGCACCCAACUGUAGGAAAUGCCUAAAAAGAAGUCUUCAAAGGCGUCCAAUGCUCCAAAAGAAGAACCUGAUACGCAACUAGUAAAACUAUCUGCUAACUCAAAAAAGGCCGACGAAACUGAUAUGCCUAAAAAGAAGUCUUCAAAGGCAUCCAAUGCUCCAAAAGAACCUGAUGCUCAACAAGAAAAACCAUCUGCUGGUUCAAAGAAGGCCGAUGAAAUUGAUAGUAUCUUUGCAAGCGCAAAGAGGAAGAAGGCUGAGCAAGAGAAGGCUGAAAAAACUAGCAACACAAAUGAAAAAUCAAAGAAAAUAAAGAAAAAGAUGAAGAGGAGUCUUAAAGAAAAUGAAGCUUUGAACCCUGACUCCAAGCCUAGAAGGAGAACAAAUGACGGACUUGCUAUUUACUCAGAAGAAGAGCUGAGACUUAACAGUCAAGAUGGUGGUAACACUGGAGAAUGCCCUUUUGAUUGUUCUUGUUGCUUUUAAGAUCAUACUUCUAGGAAUUUGAUUUAUAAUUGUUCUGUUCUUUGUAGAAUUUUUUCAAACAUGGCAGUGUGUUCUACCUUUGCAUUCUGCUUGUCAAACCCAGUAAAACACAUUUAACAUAUGUACAAGCAAUUUUGAUGCAGUAUUGUUUUGCAUUAUUCCUGGCUUGGCUAUUUUAUUCAAUUGCAAUUUCGAAAUGCUUAAUAAAGCCUCUACUGUUCCAAGAUC